CUGUCCGGAGAGAGGCUACACUUGUCCUCAAGCACGCCCCCUGUGGACAUUCUUUCUGCUUCCUCGUUGAGGGACCCAGGGUUGUGCCGGGCUCUCAAGGAACAAACGUGGCAAUCUGCCCACAACAGGAUUUCCACCACCCUCCAGUGAAGGUUGGGGGAUCUCACACCCCCCUGCCUCUGUUCAGUGCUGUGGUCAGAAAAGGAGUUCCAUGAUGCUGCAAAGAGGAACGACACCGAGAAAAUGCAGGAACUGAUCAGAAAGGGCGUGGACGUCAAGGCCAGAAAUAAAAGAGACCGGAAAGCUCUGCACUGGGCAGCAGGAGCUGGGAAUGAACAGGCUCUACGUCUCCUACUCGACCAUGACACCGAAGUUGAUGAGAGGGACACUUUUGGCAUGAAUGCUCUGCUUCUGGCAUCCUGGUUUGGUCACCUUAAAAUCCUGCAGAUCCUGGUGUCUUGUGGAGCAACGCUCAACUGUGAAAACAAAGAUGGUCUGAGUAUGCUGCACUGUGCUGCUCAGCGAGGCCACAUCAGCGUAUUGGAGUUCAUCAUGGAGGACCUGGAAGACAUCUGUCUCGACAGAGUUGACAAGUCAGGGAAGACAGCUCUGCACCUGGCUGCUGAACAUGGACAAUUUGAAGUGGUGGAGUUUCUGAUCGGAAUGGGCUGCACACAUGGUUUGAAGGACAAGGAAGAGAACACAGCCAUGCAUCUAGCAGCGAAGUGUGGACACACAGAGGUCCUGCAGAAGAUCGUGGAGACUGGAAUCGACGUCGAUGAGAGGAAUAUAGAUGGUCUCACAGCAAUGCACCUGACAGCUGAUGGAGGUCACUAUGACUGUGUCAAACUGCUGCUGGAGUCUGGCUGUAAUGUCAGUGCACAAACUAAUAAGAAUAUGAAUGCUCUCCAUUAUGUGGCCCAGCAUGGCUUUGACAAAGAGGCCAGUUUGCUGCUGGAGGCAGGAAUCAACGUGGAUGCUGUAGACAAUCAACACAACACAGCGCUCCACCGAGCUGUGUUCAACAAUCACACAGAGGUUGUACGGCUGCUUAUAGAUGCUGAGUGUGACCUGGACAUCACUGACAGUAGACAACAGACUGCUUUGCACAUAGCAGCAGAGCAUGGCUGGCAGGACAUAGCUGAGAUGAUGCUGAUCUCUGGUGUUAACCUCAAUCUGACUGACAAGCAGGGGAAAACGUGUCUGGAGGUGGCAGCACGAGGAAAUCAUGUCAUCCUGGUUGACAUGAUCAUCAAAGCUGACCGUUUUUAUAAAUGGGAGAAGGGUCACAUGGGCAGUGAUCAGGACUCCUGGGUGGGGAGGUCUCUGAGCUUCAAACAGGACCACCAGCCAGAGACACAGCACCUCCGUUCUGUCCUGUGGAGCCUUGCCACCAAGCACCUCUACCGCGGGGAAUGGAAGAUUCUGGCACAACAUUGGGGCUUCAGUGAUGCACAUAUACGAGCUAUAGAACAACAGUGGACAGGUAUGAAAAGCUUCAAAGAACAUGGUCACCGAAUGCUGUUAAUCUGGCUUCAUGGAGUCGUGGUGGCAGGGGAGAACCCGAUCAAAGGCCUAUAUGAGGGGCUGGUCGAAAUCUCACGGACAGACUUGGCAGAGGGCAUCCGGCAGAAGGCAAACGCAGAGACCAGCUCUCCCAAAAUGUGCACUGCAAUGUGAUCAACACUGUGAGAGACUGCGAAGGCAACACAACAAAUCCAACUAUUUAACUGUAAAUGCCCAGAAGUGAGCCCAUGAAAAAGUUUUGUAUUGUCCAUGGCAUGACCUGUUUACAUAUUAACACAUUGAAUACACUGUGAUUGUUCUGAAUUUGCUUCACAGACCAUUUCUUUUCUUUUAGAGUUGGGGGAAAUGAUGUUUUUAAACCUGUAAAAUACCUAGUAAAAAUAUAAAAAAACAAGUAACGUAAUACGUUGUUUUUUUAACACAUGCAGUGAACACCUGUUGACACUACUCUUACUGUACUGUAUCUCUGUACACAAAGGGCUUUUUUUUAGCACAUUCAAGUUCCUCUUACUUAAAGCUGCACUGAGUGAUAUAUGGGGUAGUAAAGCUAAAAAUUACACUCAGAAACAAGUUGUUAUGGCUAAUGUGUUACAGUAAAUAGCAAACAGUUGCCCACUUACACAUCUAGCAGACAGUGAUGAACAAGUGAUACCUUUCUGGUCUGAGCUUGUUUGGAAAGGACUGACAACACUUUUAGUGCAUUCAGACUGAAUGAGAAAGUUUUCCUUGCGUUAUUUUCGCGAAUUUGACCACUGGAGUGUUUUUGCAGUCUACAUUUAUUCGGCCCUGUGGGGAAGCCUGACCCGAGUAACUUGGAAGGUGAUAAGAAGCAGACUCGAGAAACAUUGUCAAUAGCUAAAAAAGCUUUUUAUUUACACAGUGCAACCCAAAGUACACAUGUCACAAAAAUGUAAAGAAAAAAACAAACAACUAAAUGGCUAACCUGACUUAACAGAGGUAAGUUCAACUCAAAUCAAUUUAAGGCACGAUCACAUGCACACAGCCACACGGGCAUCAUCUUUCAAAGCAGAAGUAUCGUGGCAAGAUGUUUUCAAUGCCAAGAAUCACGUGACCUCCACAAACCAGGCCGUGUUAUUAAGGGUCGGUUUAUGCUUGUUCAGAAUUAAUUCCUACAAGUGUUGUUCCAAACACGAAAAGUGCCACAAAUAGUUUUGUAACGAAUGAAAAGAGAGCUGAGAGAGAAGUUCAAAACCAGCAUACUUUCUCACCUCCGCACAUCUGACCAAUCACGGUCUGACAUGGGUGGGAAUGUCAGAUUGUUGGUUUCAGAAAGUUACAGAAAUGGUCGAACACGGCCCCCCUAGUCCGACAUCUGAAAGGUGUGGGGGGAGGGGGUUUCCAAAGCUGUUCGACCCUCCAACAUGCCGUUCUGAUGGAGUAUACUGGCCCCUUCAUUUUUCAUCUUGACUGUAUCACACGCUUCGAAACAGUGAACCAUUUUCAACACAAGUGCUUAAUAUUGAUUCAGUGCUUUCCUGAGGCGCUGAGGUUUUGCAGCCAAUAGACCUUUUUCAUGGCUGACAUUUUGACUUAGUCUGUUAGUUACACUUUACUUGGGUAGUCUGCCUACAGAUAAUUUAUAGAGUAUUUGUAAUAUUUCAACAGCUUCUUAGUUGAGAUUCAACAGUUCAAAUAAAGGUUUGGUUAGGGUGUGUUCAUGGAUCGUCACAUGUACUUUAUUGAGAAUCUGUUAAACAUCUACAGACAACAGCGGAACAGUUGAAAUGUUACAAAUACUCCUAACCUAUCUGUAGGGGGACUAUCCAAGGAAAGUGCUACUGCACAGUUGAAACUAAUUUUGUUAUCAAUGGCUCUGUUCCAGCCAAGCGGCAACCAAGUGGGGUUGGAAAAUGAAGCCAAUCAUGAGUCGAUCCCCACAGAGCCCCGUGUUAAAAUGCCCAACUUUACAGCAGAAAUAAACAUGUUUACAGCCUGCUGCUAAAAACACUUUUGGUCUCUAAAGCUAAUUUCCCCGUUCAUGACAGCUGUGAGGGGGGUGGAUUUUUUUAUAACUUACCUGUUUAAAUUAUAUUAAGGCUUAAAGUUCUGCAUAAUUAAGGACGUGGCCGCUUUUGGUGGGUGCUGUCACAGGUGGCCGGGUUAAGCAACCAGGCUUCAUUUGGCCCGCUUCAGCUCCACCCACACUCCAACUCUCAUUUUUGGAUUAGCCAGGAGCCGGCGGAGAUGGCGUCGGCCGGAGCCACCACACUGAGCUUACUGGCUCUUCAGAAACCUAUGAGUGACGUCACGGAGACUACGUCCAUAUUUUAUACAGUCUAUGGUUCCAAGUGUCACAGUAAGCCAUGACAGUGAGCCAGCAUUCCACAACUGGAACUAGCUCACCUAAAUGGAAUUCAGUCGUUAUUAAUUACACCUUUUCUUGCUAUGACAAGCCAAAAUGUCUGCAGUGGAAAAGGUCUAUUGUAUCUGCAAACGAUUCAUUACUCGAAGUCUCAUUUAACACAGUGUUCACUGGUGACACCUACUUCAAAUCAUAACCGAUAAUGUGCCACUGUCAUGGAUAGAGAGAUAGAUACAGUAUUGUAUUUUAUUGUAAUUUAAUAAAAGUCAAAAUCAGUGUCUCUGA